AUGACCCUCAGUUCUUAUGCUAUGUAUCUUUCAGAUGCCGGCUUGAGAUUAGUCAAUUCAAACGUCUCCUAUAAUGCAUGUGCCGGGCGUGUGGAAAUUUACCACGGUGGCACGUGGGGGACGGUGUGUGACGAUUCCUGGGGCAUUCAGGAUGCCCAGGUGGUCUGCAGACAGCUGGAGUGUGGAUAUGCAGUAUCCGCUGUGGGAAACGCCUAUUUUGGGCCCGGCUCUGGCCCCAUCACCCUGGAUGACGUGGUGUGCUCAGGGACCGAAUCUACUCUCUGGCAGUGCUGGAACCGAGGCUGGUUCUCCCAUAACUGUGCCCACAGUGAAGACGCUGGAGUCAUUUGCUCAGGAAGCCAGCCAACAACGCACGCUCCUGUUCACGAUGCCACCCACCCAGACACAAAUUAUUCCUGUGGAGGCUUCCUGUCCCAGCCAUCUGGGUACUUUUCCAGCCCGUUCUAUCCAGGGAACUAUCCAAACAACGCCAGAUGUGUGUGGGACAUUGAAGUCCAAAGUAACUACCGUGUGACUGUUGUCUUCAGAGAUGUCCAGCUUGAAGGUGGCUGCAACUAUGACUAUAUUGAAGUGUUCAAUGGCCCCUCCCAUAGUUCCCCUCUGAUUGCUCGCGUUUGUGAUGGAACUAAGGGCUCCCUCAGUUCCUCAUCGAACUUCAUGUCCAUUCGCUUCGUCAGCGAUGGCAGCAUCACGAGGAGGGGCUUCCAGGCCAGCUACUACUCCAGCCCUUCUGAAGAUAACACCAAGCUGCUUUGUCUGCCAAACCACAUGCAAGCCAGUGUGAGCAGGAGCUACCUCCAAUCCCUGGGCUAUUCUGCCAAGGACCUUAUCAUUCCCACCUGGAAUGAAAGCUCCCAGUGUCAGCCCCAAAUAACGGCCAGCCAGGUGACAUUCACAAUUCCCUACUCGAGCUGCGGCACCAUCGAGCAGGUAGAUAAUGAUACCAUCACCUAUUCCAACUUCCUCAAAGUAGCUGUUCCAAGUGCCAUCAUCCAGAGGAAGAAGGAUCUCCACAUUCACAUCAGCUGCAAAAUGCUCCAGAACACCUGGGUUAACACCAUAUACAUUGCUAAUGACACCAUCGAGGUCAAUGAAGUGCAGUACGGCAAUUUUGAUGUGAACAUUUCCUUUUAUACAUCUUCUUCAUUUUUACAUCCGGUGACCAGCAGCCCAUACUAUGUGGACCUGAACCAGAACUUGUACCUUCAGGCUGAGAUCAUCCAUUCUGACACCUCCUUGUCCUUGUUUGUGGAUACCUGUGUGGCGUCCCCAUAUUCCAACGACUUUACAUCUCUGACUUACGAUCUAAUCCGGAGUGGGUGCGUGAAGGACAACACCUACCAAUCUUACCCUCAGCCGUCGCCUCGCAUCACCCGCCUCAAAUUCAGUUCCUUCUACUUCCUGAGGCGCUUCCCCUCCGUGUACCUGCAGUGUAAGAUGGUGGUGUGCAGGACUGACGACUACUUCUCCCGCUGCCGCAGAGGCUGUAUCCUGAGGUCCAAGAGGGACGUGGGCUCCUACCAGGAGAAGGUGGACGUCGUCCUGGGACCCAUUCAGCUGCAGGCCCCGCACACCGAGAAGAGGAACCUGGACCUGCCACUGACUGAUGUGGGAAAGCAGGCCAGCCCCGAGGGGAGCUGCCACAGCCCUGCCAUCUCUGCUGGGGCCUUCCUGGCCGUGGUGGCCUUCACCUUGGGGAUGAGCACCCUCACAGCCAGUGGCUGGCCUCUGAGCCCUAAGAUGUGA